AUGGCUCGCCGACGCUUUUUUUCUAAAGGUAAUGCUACAUUUGUUGACGGUUUGGACGAAACAAUUAAAAGACGACUUACAAAACGGCAAUCUCAGCUUCAAUAUUCAAAGGUAUUGGUUACUUUAAUGAAUGAUAUGCUGGGUAAGGAGUCCGAAUCUGAAUUGAAUGAGGUAGAUGGAAAGAAGGCUAAACGAUGUACUGGUGAUAAAGCAAUUGGUAUUGAUGAACUAGAAUAUCGUCGACUGGUGAAUGAGAUCAGAGAAGCAGAAAAUUAUGAACUUAUUAUUGAGUAUGAUGAGAGCGACGAAUAUGCAAAUGACAGUAUGCCAGAAAUUUCCAGAUUGGCAGCAGAGUCUACCAAAAAUAAGCUUUCACAAAAUGCGUAUUGUACUGACAAAAUGGAACUCUCUUCGUGUCUGAAACAAGCUGAAAAUUCUCAUCCAGUUGACUUUGCAGAAUCAUUUUCAUUCAAAGCACAUUCACCCCAACCAUCAACUUCAACACCAGUUAGUCCAGCCAAAAAAUUAGCACAUAAAGCAUAUGAUGAAAAGGUUUUCGAGAAAUUAGAUCUAAGCCCUAUCGGUUCCAGGAGCAGAAUAAUAAAAAAUACUAUCAAAGACAACAGAGAAUUGAGUCGAAAUCAGGUUCAAAAAGAAAUAAAAUCGCAAGUGUACUGUGAUACUAAUUUGUGUCCGACAAUCACUGAAGGAACGAAUGCGACAGUACUCCAGCAGUCUCUUUCCCAUCUCACAAUUCUGCAUUCCCCUAACCACUGGGGUUUUCAAAAUGCGGACAAUGUACCAUUUUAUUUGAACGGUUUUUUGUGGUCUGCUGCAUACGCUAAAAACCGUGAUUACAAGAAAGAACUUCUUCAUCUUUGCAUUCAAAAAGAUAUCAAGCCUUGGCGAAUGGGAAAAGCAGUGCUUGAUUUAUCCAGUGCAGUAAAACUUGGUGAGGGAACAUUCGGCGAAGUCUUCCGGGUCCUAUACCAUGACGAGAUCGUCGCUUUGAAGGUGAUUCCUAUCGGUUCCGAUACAAUGGUGAAUGGUGACAAUCAAAAAUCUUUUCGUGACAUUGCCGCAGAACUAAUUGUUUCAAAGGAACUGUCAAGUCUAGUAGAAAUUGAGGAUGGAUAUUCUACGCAAGGUUUUAUUCGUUUGAAAGGUGCAUUGGUUGUUAAGGGUAAGUUAUUGAAGGAUAAAUAUCUUUUGUGA